AUGGCCAUUGCUGCCGACUUCGAGCGCGUUUACGAGAUCGGACCAGUGUUCCGGGCAGAGAACUCAAGCACCUCUUGCCACAUGAGCAAAUUCAUUGGCCUUGACCUCGAGAUAGCCAUCAAAAAACACUACCACAAGGCCGUCGACCUGCUCGACCGACUCUGGCUGUCCAUCUUCAAGGCCUUUGGUCCUCGUCGGGCCCCAAGAUCCAGACGAUCAAGUCCCAGCACCACCUAG